AUGGGUCGCACGCCUUACGAUUUUGAAACCUACGGAGUCCGCGACCUUCGUAAAUUCCUCAAGUCCUGCGAACUGCCUCGUCCAGAUCCGUGCAGUGCCAUCGACCAGCUGUUCAUUCUCGGGACGGCACCCUUUCCGCCUAAUGUGAACAAGAGUCAUAAAAACCACAUCCUCGCACGCCAUGAGAAAUGGCGCACCCUUGAGAACAUCAAACUUUUCGAAAGGGAAUUAAUCGCCGAUAGCAUGAACUCGCUCGACUCGAACGAAGAUCCACAAUACAUCCUCCCUGGUGCGCUUCCGCCGCUCUACACGCACGCUCCGACCGAUAUGGAGACGACUCGGGGAUUUGGCUUCUAUCCAGGGCCGAUUUGCGAAGGAGAUAACCAGCUAUUCCGUUAUACCGUCUGGAGUCCACAAAAUUCCAUCCCUUCCCUGGAGAUCCCGACUAUGCCUGCGCCUCUUGUAGUCGCUUACCAACCGCCGCAUAUUCUGACCCAAAAAGAUUUGGAAGAAUUUGCCUCCUGUGAAGCUUUCCCUCCUUUCUACGUUUUGGGUGCUCACCUGGCAAGCAAACACCGAUUAUGGGCCAAGGCAGGCCGAAUCUGGGAUAUCUGCCAACUCAACAAAACUUCGUACUUUGUCCUCACAUCGUACACUCAUUGGAUAUUCGGUACCUUCUCUCCCGGCAUGAGGGUGGGGUUCAUAUCACCGAUAUACCUUUACAACACUGCAGCCCCGAACCCAACGCUCCUCGAGACGUUCAUUUAUUGGCUGUGUACAUCCCUGAGCAUCCCUGGCACUUUCACUCGCCCGCUGGUUGACGAACCCAUAUUUGCUAUGGAAGAUAUCGAUAUGGAAGAAAUCACCGACUUGCCGGUUCCUCCCUCCUCCCAAUCCUUUUGGUUUGGAAAAGAUGACGAACCAGGUUCCUCGGCUGGCGUGGAAUUGGAGAUCCAGUCGUUCGCGGGUGAAAGCAUCAGCUCUGCGCUUCCCGUUCGAGAUCGGCCCUCUGCCCACAGAACUGUUGGGGAAAUUCGCAAGUGGCUUGCUACGUGCAGUAAUGCGAACCACAGAAGGCUCGAUGAAGAUGAUCUUGUAUACAGCAAAGACCCCAGAUCGGAGCUGGAGGAGAACCAGUUCCACCAAGAUAUGCCUCGCGGCGAAUGGAUGAUCUCUGCAUGA